AUGGCGGGAAUGAUCCAAAGCAACCUACCAAUAUUUGAUGGAAAGAACUUUGAAGAUUGGUGCGUCAAGAUGGACGCAAUCCUUGGUUUCCAGGAGAUUGAUGAAGUUGUGAAAAUUGGGUUUAAAGAACCCGCAAAGAAUGCUACAGAUGAAGAAAAGAAGGCGUAUAAAGAGAACAGAAAAUUAGACUGCAAAGCACACAUGAUCUUGCAUCAAUGCAUCUCGGCGACGAUAUUUCAAAAGUCACUACGGCGACAGUUCGAGCUCCUAAACAUGGAAGAACAAGAAACUGUUGAAGGGUACAUUGGCAGAAUUCAAGUGAUUGUCAACGCAAUGCACGCUUCCAUUCUGGAAAGCAGAGAUUUGGAGAAAAUGAGAGUUGAAGAAUUACAAAACUCACUUGAAAUCCACGAACAACGACUGCUAGAGAGGAAGGCUGUAGAACAAGAUGCAAUACAGAAAACUAGCCAGGCGUUGCAAGCUAAAAUUCAAAAGGGUCGCGGAGCCGGCAGAGGAAGAGGUAAACAAGGUGGUCGUGGAGGCCGAAAUGGAGGGAGAUUCAUUAGUAACACCGAACAAAUCAAAAGCGAAAAUAACUGCGAUCAAAGGGACAGUAAUCACAGAAGCAGAGGGAAACCUAGAAGAAGAGGAGGCAGGAAAGGUGUCGACAAAAGAAAUGUGCAAUGUUACACAUGCAGCAAAUUUGGCCAUUACUCUUCCGAGUGUUGGCAUAAUGACAACAACAAGAAAGACGACAACAAUGAAGCAAAUCUUGUAAAAGAAGAACCAGAAUCAGACUCAGAUCACAUGAUAUUGAUGGCAGUCGAAACACAUGGAGAAUUCAGAAAGAAUCAGAGAAUGGCAUCUAAUGAUUUAGAGCAACGUGCAUGCAAGAAAAUAGACAGGUGUGAAGAAGAGACGAAAUACGCGAAAUACGUGUUAGUUGCUGAGAAAGAAAGUCAUGCAGAACAAGAAAUGUCGUGGUACCUAGACACGGGUUGCUCCAACCACAUGAUGGGUAAUCGAAGGUGGCUUCUUAAUCUUGACACAAGUGUCAAGAGUACAAUCCGAUUUGCAGACAAUAGCACUAUUCAAGUUGAGGGUGUAGGAAAGAUUCUGAUCAAAUGCAAAGAUGGAAAAUCAAUGUAUAUGCAUAACGUUCUUUACAUACCUAUGAUGAAGAGUAAUCUUCUUAGCCUCGGUCAAUUGCUUGAAAGGGGUUUUACCAUGAAAAUGCAGGAUAGACACAUCGAGGUUUUUGACCAGAAGCAACAACUGAUAUUCAAAGCACUCGCAUCCAGAAAUCGAACGUUUAGAGUGAACUUGAACGCAACAGAAAUUCAAUGCAUGGCGCAACAAAUGUUGAAGAGGAAUGGCUAUGGCACUAUUGAUUUGGGCAUCUGA